GUUGUGCAGCCUCGCGCGCGGGAAAAGAGUGAGAGCGCGCGCAGAAGAAAGAACAACAAACCGGCUGCCCGAAAAAGACGCGCAACGUUCCAUCCGCGAGCGCGCGGACACGUGGAGUGUCGAGCCUUCUCUAACAGCAGCUUCCACCGGCCGGCCUUGCAACUGAUCAGCGCCAGCCUUGAGGCUCGCGGACUCUUCCUCCUCUUGACCUCCGGGGAAGCGGAGGGGCCUUAGUGGCAAACUGGGAUCCACCCCAGCCGACGUCUCCUUCCAUGGAGAAUUUCCAGAAGGUGGAGAAGAUCGGGGAGGGUACCUACGGCGUUGUCUAUAAAGCAAAGAACAAAGUCACUGGGGAGGUGGUCGCGCUUAAAAAAAUCCGCCUGGACACGGAGACAGAGGGGGUCCCAAGCACAGCCAUCCGGGAGAUCUCACUGCUAAAGGAACUGAAUCACCCCAACAUUGUCAAGCUUCUGGAUGUGAUCCACACUGAGAACAAGCUCUACUUGGUCUUUGAAUUUCUCCAUCAGGACCUCAAGAAGUUCAUGGAUUCUUCAUCUUCCAUCAAUGGUGUAGAGUUGCCUCUUAUCAAGAGUUACCUAUACCAGCUGCUGCAGGGCCUCGCCUUCUGCCACUCUCAUCGGGUGCUGCACCGUGACCUUAAGCCACAGAACCUCCUGAUCAAUGCUGAGGGAGCAAUAAAACUGGCGGACUUUGGGCUUGCUCGUGCAUUUGGGGUGCCGGUGCGAACCUACACGCACGAGGUGGUGACCCUCUGGUAUCGUGCUCCAGAAAUUCUCCUCGGUUGCAAGUACUACUCAACAGCUGUGGACAUCUGGAGUCUGGGUUGCAUCUUUGCAGAGAUGUUAACCCGCAGAGCACUCUUCCCUGGGGAUUCUGAGAUCGACCAGUUGUUCCGCAUCUUCCGCACACUGGGCACACCGGAUGAGACCGUGUGGCCAGGCGUCACCUCCAUGCCUGAUUACAAGUCCAGCUUUCCGAAAUGGGCCCGGCAGGACUUCAGCAAGGUGGUGCCGCCUCUGGAUGAGGAGGGCAGGAAGCUUCUCGCACAAAUGCUGCAUUACGACCCCAACAAGAGAAUCUCAGCCAAGACCGCCCUCAACCAUGCCUUCUUCCGAGAUGUCACAAAAGCCGUGCCACACCUUCGCCUGUGAGAUGGGAUCAGGAGCAGCAACCCUGCCCAGCCAUGCGGGGUGCAACAAACAGCUUUUUCAGACUGUACUGGCUGCUUGCACUUAACUUUUCAGCUUCAUCCUGACUAGAAGAGUGGAAUUUCAGUUGGGCAGUCAACACCUUGUGGGGGUUUUCCUCCUGGACUCGUUUGAAGGCACUAGCUGAGCUUGCAGAUUGGUGAUUCCUGGCUGUUUUGCAUGAGGAGAGGAGGACUCCUACAGCCAGUGGUCACAACAGCUCCCGUUGCUCUGGGGGGCAGCAGCUCCAUUUGUUAAGCUUUUUUAUCCCCCAGGAGUGCUCUCCAUCUCCUUCCUGUUUUAAGGACUUGGACAGUGGGGCUUCUGUACCAGCCCGACUCUGAUUCUGCCUUCUCUGAUUCCACCUUCUCCUGUGCAGUCGCUCUGCCAGGCAGGGGCAGCCUUUCUGGUUUGGGACUAGGAGUGUUGGCUUUAAAGGGAAGACUGCUGUCUGCGGAGUGUUCUCUUGUAUCUAGUUGGUAUCAGCAGAGGUGUGCCCACCUUUUCCUUCCAGAUCAAGACCCUUGGGCUAUGCACUUAACUCUCCACUUUUCAAAAGCAGAAAGAAGUUUUAAUCAAGGUCUCAGGAACUUCAGCAGCAACGGAACUCCUGUGUCCCUUUGCAUCUGUGAUGUUGGGUGGAAUCGCUCAGCUGCCUGUUCCCAGUGCUGCAGUAUUUGGGGCCCUGCUAAAAGUCACCCUUGGGUAAUGGAGAAUAGUGACUGCUCCACCAAACGCUUCUUAACAUUUCUUCUUAUGCAGAAUGCUUAAAAAAAGAAAUCUCGCAGAGGUGCUUAUAGGGGUGGUUGGAGGAGAGGGAAACAUCCUAUCCCUACCCCACCUCACCCUUCCUAGCAUCAUAUUGUCAUGUCUCCUGCACAUGUACCUCUGAACCAUGCAGUGAUAUGCAUGUUCUCCCUCCACUUGUGGCCAAGUAAAGCCUGGCUUUACUUUGGCCACCACGCUCUGCUGUCCCAUACGUGCUGCAAGGCUGUUUCCCCAGAACAGGCAUUCGGCUUCUUAAAUUUUUGGGGCUCCAACUUCUUUUCAGGAAACCAGCAAAUCCCUGGUUAGGAUAGAUCUGCACAGGAGCCUUGGCUUCAAGCACUGUGUUCUGCAAACAGGCUUCAAAAACUGUGGGCGUGUUAGCUUCAGAAUUUUCAGUGCUCUUUCUUGCUUCUCCUUGCCCCCAGUGCCACACAGCUUGGCCAAAAUAAUGCAACUUAAGUAUGAAAUUCACAUUUGCGAUGUGUGAAGUGUACUGACCCAAUCUGCAGAGCUAAAAAUUUCAAAGCCCUGCCUCUGAGCCAUUUUUUCACAGACAUUCAGGCUUUUUAAUUCAAUUCAAUUCAACUCAAUGCAGGUUAGCCUGAAGUGACUUGAAAUGCAGUGUUAAUCCAUUGGGGGUGGGAAGCUAAAUUCUUCUAAGGAAAUCAGGAUUGGUUUCUGAUCAAUUGCAGGUUUUGAUAAAUUAUAGCUAUGACAGCAUGGAAUUAUAGUGUUGUUGGCUUUAGGGGUUCAUCCCGGCUGAGUCAUUGGUGUUUUGUUGUUGUUUUACAGCAAUCAAGUUCUAUCUUGAGACAGGAGAAGUAUGAAAAUUGAUGCCACAAUAACUUGGACAUAUUAAAUGCAAUCUCUCUCUCACCUACAA